UAUGUGCCUCUGUUUUGCAGUUGACAGAAACGCCACGGAGCCUGGGCGGUGCACCUGCGGGGAGGGCCGCUGCGUGUCCUACUCCAGGGACAUGAGCACGAGUUCGGUCUACUACUACUGCGGUCCUUGUGGUUGGGUCGGAGCGCGUUGCGUGGAGAGCAACUGCACGCACGAGCAAGCCAAAUGCUCCAAUGGAUACUGCGAAUGCGUGCAAGGUGGCCUCUUCUACGACUUGAGUGUCUGCUAUUACCCUUCCUUCGGCAAGACCAUGAUAAUAGAGAUGUUAGUCAGCUCCCUCAUCGUUGUUGCUAUGUGUGGCGUCCUUGCCUUCUCCUACAACAGGCUGUCGAGGUCUCGUCAACGUGAUGAUGGUUCCUCGACCUUUCCCUGGAGGCGUGGAAGUGGAUCACGUGAGAAAAACAUCUUCAAUUGUGUUACCUACAGCUAUGCCUUUUUACUUUUCGUUAAUGUUACAGUUUCCAUACCAUACGGCAUGGCUGGCGCUACUACCAUCUUAUAG